GUGCAUUUGCAGCCAAACGUAGCGAUAUCUGCACAGAGCAGUCUUGAAACUACAGAAUACGCAGAAGGAAGACACCUCAGAGACAUGCUGCUGCUGUUUGUAGCACUCCCCCUGCUGGUGCAGUCCCACCCUGUCAAUAGGGAGUUCCUACCUCUGGACUGUGAGGAUAUUUUCAACAAUGGAUCCAGCCACAGUGGUGUCUACACCAUCUACCCAAAGGGUUCUGAGAAACCAGUGCAGGUUUACUGCGAUAUGGGCUGCGACGAGUACGACAGCCACAAGGACGGGAAAUGGACGGUGAUUCAGAGGAGAAUGGACGGCAGUGUAAGUUUCUACAGACCAUGGGCGCAGUACAAGAACGGCUUUGGGAACAUAAGUGGAGAAUACUGGCUGGGUCUGGAGACCAUGUUUCUGAUGACGUAUGCAAAUAAAUAUGAGCUGAGAGUGGACAUGGAGGAUUUUGAUAGUGGCAGUGCCUAUGCUCAAUAUACCUCCUUCUCCAUUGAUCCAGAGUCCAGUAAUUACAGGCUGCGCAUCAGUGGUUACAUCAAUGGAGGUGCAGGUGAUUGUUUGUCCUACCAGAACGGGAGGGAUUUUGCAACAUUCGACAAAGACUACGCUGGCUGUGCAAAUGGCUAUGCUGGAGGAUUCUGGUAUAGCUGGUGGCCGUGCCACAUUGCCAAUCCCAACGGCCUGUACAAAUGGGGGAAUAUAGGAGAUCAAUACGGAGGGGUUAUGUGGGGCUGCUGGAGAGGUUACUAUUACUCCCUGAAGACCAUCGUGAUGAAGAUCCGCCGAGUGUCUCUGGAAGAGCUUGAAGGGAAGAAGUGAAAGCCCAGAAGGAAACUGCAUUGUGGAAUUCUACAAGUCAAUGCAGCAUUUCUUUCAGGAAGAUACACACGAGAUCCCUCUCAUAUAUAACGUUCUUCAGCUUUAUCUUUAGAGAUAUCCAAAUAUAGAGACAUGCUGGGUGCUGCUAACUUCAAUGUUUUCUUUCCUUUUAAAAAGAUCACAGGUUUCCAACCCUGAUCCUGGAGAACCCCCUGCACAUGUUUGUGUUUUCAUCCUCUAUAACACCUACUUCAGCUCAGGAAGGGCUUGUUAAUGAGCUGCCUUGUUGGAUCAGGUGUGUCAGGAGCAGUGAAAACACUAAGAUGUGCAGGGCAGGAUGCAAUCCAGGACCAGGAUUGGGAACCACUCAAAUAGGGGAUGAUUCAAUUGGUACACAUUUUAAGUUCAUUAAUCCAACAUAUCAAUCUUAUUAGAUCAUUUGACUCAUAAUCUAUAAUUCUUGCUGUUUGGUUUGGUAUUCUGAUUAUAUUCUUAAAAUUCUUAAUAAAAUUAUUGCAUUCUGAAACAUA